AGCCACCAGGUCCGUUUGAAGGAAUGGAGGAGUCUCCCAAUAUGCCAAAAUUACGCGGCCACGAUAUAGUUGAAAAAAUCUGCUCAGGCGUAUUUUAGGAAGAAAUCAAAUCGUUAACACGCCAUAUUUUCUUCUGAUAUUCAACUUCCGUUCGCCCAUCAACUAAAACCGAGAAACAAUUCCACUAUUCCGUCCGGAAAUUGCAAUAAACGGGACGCCGGAGCCGUAGAUUCUCUCCCGUCCGGCGAGGAUUGGACGAUUUGCCGAAGAUAUGGUCGGAUGGAAGGGAUCUGGAUCGGGAAGCCAUGGAUCACCUGACUUAGAGCACAUUCCUUCUUCAGGGACCGUGAGGCUGGGCAAGGUUCAGCCACAAGCUCCCGGCCAUAGGACGGUGUUUUGCAAUGAUCGUGAAGCCAAUGCCCUCGCCAAGUACAAGGUGAACUCUGUGUCAACUACGAAGUACGAUGUGCUUACAUUCUUACCGAAAGGUUUAUUUGAACAGUUCGGUGGGUGGCUAACCUCUACUUCCUCAUGAUAUCAAUUCUUUCAUGCACUCCAAUCAGAAACGUUUUCAAAAUGACAUGUGAAUUAAUAAUACUCCAGUAGACGUAUUGCAAGAUAAGAAAUGGACGAGUCUUCCUUGGAAGAAGCUGCAGGUUGGGGACAUUGUGAGAAUUAAACAGGAUGAAUUUUUUCCAGCAGACAUAUCAUUUCUGUCCAGCACAAAUCCUGACGGGAUCUGCUACAUUGAGACAUCUAACUUAGAUGGCGAAACCAAUUUAAAGAUCAGAAAAGCUUUGGAGAAAACUUGGGACUAUUCGACUCCUGAGAAGGUUGCUGAAUUUCAAGGUGAAAUACAAUGUGAGGAGCCAAAUAACUCUUUGUACACAUUUACUGGCAAUUUGAUUGUCCAAAAGCAAACUCUGCCUCUUAGCCCUAAUCAACUUCUUUUGAGGGGUUGCAGUUUGAGAAACACCGAAUACAUUGUUGGGGUGGUUGUUUUUGCAGGCCAUGAAAUGAAGGUUAUGAUGAAUGCAAUGAAAAUUCCGUCUAAAAGAAGCACUUUAGAGAAGAAGCUUGACAAACUUAUUCUCACUCUCUUUAGUGUUCUCUUUUGCACGUGUAUCUUGGGAGCCAUUGGAAGUGGGGUGUUCAUAGAUGACAAGUAUUUUUACUUGCGAUUUGAGACUGGCAAGAAUGCAGAUGUACAAUUCAACCCUAAUAAUCGAUUUGCAGUUGCUGCUUUGACUAUGUUCACCUUAAUUACUUUGUAUUCGCCGAUUAUUCCCAUCUCUUUAUAUGUUUCUGUCGAGGUAGAUCUCACACGCCUUUCUACUUUUUUAAAAACUCCCUGCACAGUUCUGGUUUAUUGAACACUACCUCCACUUUCUUUUCCGGAUGAUUAAGUUUAUUCAAUCCACUCAAUUCAUCAACAAUGACUUGUGCAUGUACCACCCUGAGAGUAACACCCCUGCACAAGCAAGGACUUCUAAUUUGAAUGAGGAGCUUGGUCAGGAAUUCUUCAGAUGCCUUGCAAUAUGUCAUACUGUACUUCCAGAAGGAGAGGAUACCCCUGAAAAAAUUCGAUAUCAAGUAGCAUCACCUGAUGAGGCUGCUUUGGUUGUGGCAGCAAAGAAUUUUGGAUUCUUUUUUUUGCAAGUGCGGCUCUUUGGAUUCAUUUUAUUUCAUUCUAGAUACGUUUCACUUUCAAAAGCCUAAUGCAGGAGUAUAUUUAUUUCAAAAAGGCGUACACCUACUAUGAUAUAUGUGCGCGAGUCUCAUGUUGAAAAGAUGGGAAAUAUUCAAGAUGUUCCAUAUGAAAUCCUGAAUGUGCUUGAAUUUAAUAGUACGAGGAAACGCCAGUCUGUCGUAUGCCGAUACCCUGAUGGAAGGCUUAUAUUGUACUGUAAGGGUGCUGACACUGUAAUUUAUGAAAGGCUGGCCAGUGGAGAUAAUGAUUUGAAAAAAAGAACCAGGGAGCAUUUGGAGCACUUUGGAGCUGCUGGAUUACGCACACUUUGCUUAGCUUACAGAGUCUUAAAUCCGGAUGCAUAUGAAAAUUGGAAUGAUAAAUAUAUUCAAGCAAAAUCAUCUCUGCGAGACCGUGAAAAGAAAUUGGAUGAGGUGGCAGAACUCAUUGAGAAGGAUUUAAUUUUGAUUGGUUGCACUGCUAUAGAAGAUAAGCUUCAGGAAGGAGUGCCUGCAUGCAUAGAGACACUUUCUAGGGCUGGAAUCAAAAUUUGGGUGCUUACUGGGGACAAAAUGGAAACUGCAAUAAAUAUUGCUUAUGCGUGCAAUUUGAUCAACAAUGACAUGAAGCAAUUUAUUAUCAGUUCAGAAACUAAUGCGAUCAGAGAAGUGGAAGAUCAAGUGAGUAUAUUUUUCUUUUGUGAAAAUCCAAAUUUGAGCUUCUAAAAAGUAGUCAUUUUUCCCAUUGAUCGAGAUUUUGGACAAUUUUGGAUUUGGCAAUUAUGUAAUUUGAUAUAACCAUUUUUAAGAAAAAAUGGUAUAAGUAUUUUCAAUACUUAACAAGGUAGUAUAUCAUUUUUUAAAUAUGGAGGGAGUAUGUUUUCUGUUUCAUUGUUUGAUGGAUUGCUUGUGUCUUUAGGAUUAAUGUAACAAGGGUAUUGGCUUUUUCACGCUAACAAAAAAGCUAAGGAGUCCCAUAGCCUUCAUCUUCAUUCUUGUAAAAAAUCCAAUUUGAGCUUAACUUGUUCUUUCUUUGAUGAGCUUUUUCAGCUUUCGUGUUUGAAGAGUCUUUUAUUUAAAUAUGUUAUUGGUAAAGUAGUGUUCUUUUUUUGGCUGAAGUUGCUAGUGUGAUGUACUUCAUAGUAAAGAAUUGUGGGCUAU